AUGUUGCCAUAUGCUUUGUUGGGUUACAGAACGACUGUCAGGACAUCGAUUAGAGCAAUUCCAUACUUGUUAGUAUAUGGAACACAAGCAGUUAUACCUGCCGAAGUUGAGGUACCUUCAUUGAGAAUAAACCAAGAAGCUGAAUUGAGUGAUGCUGAUUGGGUUCGCAAGUGGAUUGAUCAGUUAACAUUGAUUGAUGAGAAGAGAAUGGUCGAUGUUUGUCAUGGUCAACUGUAUCUACAUAGAAUGAUUCGUUCUUUCCACAAGAAAGUAAGAGCGAGGAUAUUUGAAAUUGGUCAGUUGAUCAUCAAACACAUUUUCCCUCAUCAUAAUGAGUACAAAGGGAAAUUUGCACCAAAUUGGCAAGGACCCUAUAUGGUUCGCAAAGUGUUGUCUGGAGGUGCCUUGGUCCUGUCAGAGAUGGAUGGCACCGAAUGGCCAAAACCGAUCAACUCAGAUGCUGUCAAGAGAUACUAUGUGUGA